GGAAAAAGACGAGUUUUCUGAAAAUCUUACUUCAGUUUCUGAAUGGAAGAAUCAAAGAAACAAACUCUAUCACAAUCUGAACAAUUGAAGGUGCAAACUGAAGUUUCUUAUGCGUACAAGCACUUUGAUUCAGCUCCUAAUCAUGUGCAAAACCAAUGGUUAACACUUCAGCGUUAUAAUCAUAUUGAGUAUUUAACUAAAGGUCUCGAACAUCUUGGACCUGGGUUCUGUUGUUUAGAUGCUAAUCGACCUUGGCUAUGUUAUUGGAUACUUCAUUCAAUUGCUUUACUGGGAGAGUCUGUGGAUUGUGAUCUGGAGGAUAAUGCUAUUGAUUUUCUAAGUCGUUGUCAGGACCCUGAUGGUGGCUAUGGUGGUGGACCUGGGCAGCUGCCCCAUCUAGCAACAACUUAUGCUGCGGUAAAUUCACUGAUUACUCUGGGUGGCGAUAAGGCACUAUCAUCUAUUAAUAGACAUAAACUGCACAACUUCCUGCUGAGGAUGAAAGUUUCAUCUGGUGGAUUUAGAAUGCACGAUGCCGGUGAAAUUGAUGUUAGGGCUUGUUAUACUGCCAUUUCUGUAGCAAGUAUAUUAAACAUUUUGGAUGAGGAGCUAACUGAAAACGUCGGAAAUUACAUUCUAAGCUGUCAGACUUAUGAAGGUGGUAUUGCUGGGGAGCCUGGCACUGAAGCUCAUGUUUCUUGUUGCAAUAGGUACACCUUUUGUGGGUUGGCGACGAUGAUUUUGAUUAAUGAAGUGGAUCGGUUGGACUUGCUUAGUCUAAUUGACUGGAUGGCAUUUCGUCAAGGGGUUGAAAGUGGAUUUCAAGGUAGAACAAACAAAUUAGUCGACGGUUGUUAUUCGUUUUGGCAGGGGGGUGCAAUGGCCUUACUUCAAAGAUUAUCUUCUCGUAUUGAUGCUCAAAUGAGGUCUUCAUUCAUUGGAGAAGGAGAACAAACCACAGGGAGAACAAAAGCUUCUGUCAAAUUUGAGUCUGGAGGAGGAAGCGCGUCAGCUGGAAGUCCUGCUCAAGGCAAUCUUUCAGAUGCUGGGUUAUCAUUUCUGAAUAGAUCUGCAGAAGCAGAUCCUUUCUUCGACACCAUUGGUCUGCAGCGAUACUUACUUUUAUGUUCUCAGGAUCCACAUGGAGGGUUCAAGGAUAAACCUGGAAAGCAUCGAGAUUACUACCACACGUGUUAUUGCCUCAGCGGCCUCUCUGUUUGUCAGCAUAGCUGGUCAAAGACUGCCAAAUCUCAACCCUUGCCGCCUGCUAUUUCUGGUCCUUAUACCAACCUAUUGGAGCCCAUCCAACCACUUUUCAACAUUGUAAUAGAUAAGUAUCGUCAGGCUAAUGAUUUUUUUUCUGUUUCUUACUAAUAUCUUGUAAACAGCUUGGUGAAGUGGAUACAGAUAUGUGUAUAAUUGCAGUCAGGUUUAUUAUAGUUCUCCUUGGUUGCA